AUGGCUGGGACGAAGACUCUUUUGGAUGCUUGUUUGCUACAUAACAAAAUUCAUUUGAAUCGGUUUCAAGGACGCCACACUCUUAGUCUGAGCCAUUCCAUUCAGGAACAGAGAUUGGUGUAUUCAUGGAGUUGGAGUGGUAAGAUGAAAUUCAGAGUGAGGAAGAAGGGGAAGCAAAUUGCACCAACCAUGGCAACUCUCAUUGAGGGUGAUGAGUUGGCCAUCUCUGAAAAAUCCACUACCAUGAAGCUGAAAGCACUUGUUACCGUGAGAAACAAUAAUAAGGCAUUUCCAAAUGAAAUGGUGAACAACCUCCUCAGCAUUUUCAGGCCUCAAAACCACACCAAAGGUGUUGUUCUGCAGCUUGUUAGCACUGAACUUGAUCCCAGGAGCAUGGAAGCAAAGUUGAGCAAGGAAACGGUGUUGGAGUUGUCCAAAGACCAUGAAGUUGAAGCUGAGGGGAGAAUCAGCACCUAUAAAACUGAAUUCUUCGUGGACUCAGAUUUUGGGGUUCCUGGGGCUGUUACCGUCGUUAAUGGCUAUGACAGUGAGUUCUUCUUGGAAAGCAUAAGCAUUGUGCAAAAUGUUCAUUUUGCUUGCAAGUCUUGGGUUCAACCAAAUAAGCGUGAUCCACAGAAGAGAAUUUUCUUCAUUAACAAGGCCUAUCUAGCAUGUGAGACACCAAUUGGGCUGAAAGAACUGAGAGAAAGAGAGCUGAAGCACCUGAGAGGUGAUGGCAGUGGACACAGGAUAUCUUCUGACAGAAUCUAUGACUACGAUGCAUACAAUGAUUUGGGUGAUCCAGACAAAGGAGAUGAGUUUGCAAGACCAACAUUGGGUGGCCAACACAACCCUCAUCCCACACGUUGUCGCACUGGACGUCCACCUACCAGAACUGAUACGAAGAUGGAGUCACGGCCGAGUGGAUCAGAGGCAAUAUACGUGCCUAGAGAUGAAGAACUGGAUGACAUAAAGAGAGAAACUAUUGAUCAAGGAAAAUUGAUGGCAAUGCUUCGUAAUGUUGCGCCUGCUAUAAUAGAUAACAUCAUGGGCAGUGAAAGGGUUUCAAACAUUGAUUACUUUUUUAAAGAGCCAGGGCUCUCUGAAGCUAAGUGUCAGCCUGGUCUAGGUGCAAUUCUAGCCCAGUUACCACUGACACGGAUUCUACUCAAUUUGGGAGGUGCCAUAGAACAGAUAGAAGAAUUUUUUAAAUUUGAUCCUCCGAAGAUAUUUUCAAGAGAAAAAUCACAUUUCUUACUAGAUGAUGAAUUUGGACGUGAAGUGCUUGCUGGGUCAAACCCUCUCAGCAUUGAAAGGCUAAAGGUUUUCCCACCUGUGAGCAAACUGGAUCCCUCUAUAUAUGGGUCAGUAGAGUCAGCACUGAAAGAAGAACACAUUAUAGGCCACAUUGAAGGGAUGUCUAUCCAACAGGCAUUAGAAGAGAACAAGUUGUUCAUGCUGGACUAUCACGAUGUUUACCUUCCUUUCCUGGAUCGGAUUAAUGCCCUUAAGGAGCGCAAAGCUUAUGCAACCACCACAAUUUUCUUCCUCACCAAAAUGGGAACUUUGAAGCCCAUUGCUAUCCAGCUUGCUCUCCCAACAGGUGAUCCAAAUACUGCUUCCAAACGGGUUCUCACCCCUCCAGGAGACACCACCUCCAAAUGGCUAUGGCAACUUGGCAAAGCUCAUGUUUGCUCUAAUGAUUCUGGCAUUCAUACACUUGUGCACCACUGGUUACGAAUUCAUGCAUGCAUGGAACCAUUAAUAAUUGCUGCUCAUCGUCAAUUGAGUGUGAUGCAUCCUAUAUUCAAGCUCCUGCAUCCGCAUAUGCGAUACACACUCAAGACAAAUGCUAUAGCCCGUGAGACACUCAUCAAUGCCGAAGGUACCAUUGAGACAGACUACACUCCUGGGAAAUACUGCAUGCAAAUUAGUUGUGCUGCCUAUAAAGACUGGUGGCGAUUUGACCUGGAAGGCCUUCCUGCUGAUCUUAUAAGAAGAGGUUUAGCAGUUCCGGAUGCAACCCAACCGCAUGGCAUUAGACUACUCAUUGAAGACUAUCCUUAUGCAGCUGAUGGACUCCUCAUAUGGUCCAGCAUAGAGAAGUUGGUCCAGACCUAUGUGAACCAUUACUACAAAGGUUCAAAUGCUAUUUCUUCUGACAAUGAACUCCAAUCCUGGUACAAAGAAGUCAUCAAUCUCGGACACCCUGAUCAUAAAAAUGCUAGCUGGUGGCCUAAACUUGCCACCCCUGAGGAUCUCAUCUCCAUGCUUACCACUAUUAUCUGGACUGUAUCUGCACAACAUGCUGUCUUGAACUUUGGUCAAUACCCCUAUGGUGGGUAUGUUCCAAUCCGUCCACCAUUAAUGCGAAAACUGAUUCCCAAGGAGGAGGAUCCUGACUACUCAGAUUUUGUCAUGGAUCCACAGAGAUACUUCUUAUCAUCACUGCCAAGCUUAUUUCAGGCAACAAGGUUCAUGGCUGUGAUCAACAUAGGUUCUUCACACUCGCCUGAUGAGGAAUACAUAGGAGACAGAAAUGACAUCUCUUCUUGGUACGGUGACCCAGAGAUCAUUGAUGCAUUCAGCCAAUUUUCUAUGGAGCUAAAAAAUAUUGAGAUGGAGAUUGAGAGAAGAAACGCUGAUCCAAAACUUAGGAACAGAUGUGGCUUUGGAGUUUUACCAUAUGAACUGCUUAUACCAAGCUCAGGACGUGGGGCCACAGGACGAGGGGUUCCAAACAGUGUGACAGCCUAAUAGUUGAAUGUAUGGACAGACCGGUAACUGAAUCUAUCUAUGUUUUACUAUUCCUCAGCCUAGGUGGAUUAACAUGGAUUCAAGAUUCGGUCCCCAAUAAACACAAAAAAUAAAAUAAAAUAAAAAACAAGGAACACUGCAGGCAUGAAA